AUGGGUUUCCGUUUCUUAGAUAUUGUUAAACCAUUUACCUCACUCGUUCCAGAGGUUGGUCAACCAGAUAGAAAAAUUCCUUUCCGUGAAAAGGUUCUUUGGACAGCAAUUUGUUUAUUCAUUUUCUUAGUUUGCAGUCAAAUUCCACUUUAUGGUAUUAGAUCAACUGAUUCAUCAGAUCCAUUUUACUGGGCUAAAGUUAUUAUGGCCUCAAACAGAGGUACUUUAAUGGAAUUAGGUAUUUCACCAAUCGUUACAUCAGGUAUGGUUAUGCAAUUAUUAGCAGGUGCCAAAUUAAUUGAAAUUGAUCAAUCUGUUAAAGCCGAUAGAGAUUUAUUCUCUGCUGCCCAAAAAUUAUUUGGUAUGUUAAUUUGUGUAGGUCAAGGUGUAGCUUAUAUUUGGAGUGGUUCAUAUGGUGAUCCAGCAGUUUUAGGAUUUGGUAACUGCUUUUUAAUUGUUUUACAAUUAUUCUUUGCAGGUAUUAUUGUUAUGCUUUUGGAUGAACUUUUACAAAAAGGAUAUGGUAUUGGAUCAGGUAUUUCAUUAUUUAUUGCAACCAAUAUUUGUGAGACCAUUGUAUGGAAGACAUUUUCACCAACUACAGUAUCCGUUGGUAAAGGUACCGAAUUUGAAGGUGCAGUGAUUGCAUUAUUCCAUUUGUUAUUAACUCGUAACGAUAAGGUUAGAGCACUCAAAGAAGCAUUCUAUAGACAAAACUUACCAAACAUUACCAAUUUAUUGGCUACCGUGUUAAUUUUUAUGGUUGUAAUUUAUUUCCAAGGUUUCCGUGUCGAUCUUCCAGUUAAAUCAACUCGUGUAAGUGGUCAACAAGGUACCUAUCCAAUCAAGUUAUUCUACACUUCAAAUAUUCCAAUCAUUCUUCAAAGUGCACUCGUUAGCAAUCUUUAUUUCAUCUCUCAAUUAUUGUAUCGUCGUUUCCCAGAUAACAUUUUGGUAAACUUAUUUGGUGCUUGGAGAACCAGUGAAUAUUCACAACAAAUGAUUCCAGUCUCUGGUCUCACCUAUUACAUCAGCUCCCCAAAUAAUAUGAGCGCUGUUUUGGCCGAUCCAUUCCAUGCCCUCUUUUACAUCACCUUUAUGUUGACAAGUUGUGCUCUCUUCUCCAAAGUUUGGAUCGAAGUUAGUGGUUCCUCUGCUCGUGACGUUGCUAAGCAACUCAAAGAUCAACAAAUGACCAUGAAAGGUCAUCGUGAUACCUCUGUCAUCAAGGAACUCAAUCGUUAUAUUCCAACCGCUGCCGCUUUUGGUGGUCUCUGUAUUGGUGCUCUCACUGUCGUCGCCGAUUUCAUGGGUGCCAUCGGUUCUGGUACUGGUAUUUUAUUAGCUGUCACUAUCAUCUAUCAAUACUUUGAAACCUUUGUUAAAGAACAACAAGAACUUUCUGGUGGUAUUGGUGGUCUUUUCUAA